GGAAGGGCAGAUACACCUGGCCAUUGUGCCAAGUUUGGUAGCUACACGCUUAUGGACCUAGCAGAGAAUGUGGUGGUCGAUCUCCAACUUAUACAGAGUAACGAAGUAGGGGGGAGUUGCCUUAUGGAGAAAGAGGGUUUGAUCAGAGGAGUCCGUUACCUUGAAGAGAAUGGUUUACCAAUCAGCCAGAUAGUAACGGACAGACACCUUCAGGUUGCGAAGUGGAUGCGGGAGAACCUGCCAGAUACGACACAUAGCAUCGAUGUGUGGCAUGUAGCAAAAGGAUUUAAGAAGAAGCUGUUGGCCCUAAGCAAAGAAAAGGAUUGCGAGCACCUAAGAGAGUGGAUAAAAAGUCUGGUCAACCAUUUGUAUUGGGUACCCUCCUCAGCACCUGAUGACGAAGACAGUGAGCUCAGAUGGGAAAAGUGGACCAGUAUUACCAACCAGGUCCAGAACAUUCACGAAGGUCAUGGGCAACAUUUUCAACGGUGUGAACAUGGGGACCUUGACCCAGCAGCUAGACGAAAAAGAUGGUUAAGACCAGGAACCAAAGUGAUGGAGAAAUUAGAAGCGAUUGUCAAUAGCAGGCAGAUGAAGAAGGACAUCCCCAUGCUCUCAUCAUCAUUUCAAACCUCCAGUGUAGAGGCAUUCCAUUCAGUAAUCAAUCAGUUUGCGCCCAAGAUGUAUAAGUUCUCGUACUUUGGAAUGCAAAGUCGCUUGGCCUUAGCAGCGCUUCACUUCAAUGAGAAUUCCAGUAAGGAUCAGGCAGCAACAAGAGAGGGGAAUCUUCAAUACAGCAUUGUAUUUCCAAAGCACAAAAAGGGGGACUACACUGUGAAGAAGGUCAAGACGCAAAGUACUUAUGAGUAUGUCGAUGUUCUUACAAAUGCUGCUAAGACAAGGGCCAGCAACAUGAAGAUGCCACAGUGUGGGGACCCUAGAGUUGCGCCACCGCCCCUGUGCGACCAGUAUGUACUCCCCGAGAAAGACGAUGCGGUGGGUCAGCUGCUUACAAGGUUCCGUAGGAAUUAG